AUGAAAGGCAUCCUCCUUACCUGUAUCAUCGCGGCACUUGUGGUAACAGCUGUAGAAUCCCUGAGUUGUGUGCAGUGUAAUUCAUUGACAAACUCCUGUGUCAACAGCAGCAUCACUGAGUGUCCCUCAAGUGCCAAUGUCAGCUGUACCAGUUUCUUGGCCAACUCUUCUCUAGCGGCAGCCAUUGCAUUAUAUCAGGAUAAGGCCUGCUCUGCAGAGAACUGCAGGGAAGGAAGAGACAUGGUUGAAGCUUUCACUGUCCACGUGUCUGGUGAAGAACAUUUUCACUUUACAAGCCAGUGUUGCCAAGGGAAGGAGUGUAAUGACACCAGUGAUGCUCUAGCUCCUCUACAGGAAGAUGUGUCCAACAACACAGAGUGUCUUGCAUGUUAUGGAUCUAAUGAAACUUCCUGUAGUGUGAAAUCCAGGAAAUGUUAUAAAGAAGAACGGUGUGUUAGUCUAGUUGCAGAAUUUAAGACUGAGUCUAAGAUGCUUGUGCUGAAAGGCUGUUCCAACAUCAGUAACUCUACCUGUCAGUUCCUAUCUUCUGAGAACCGGACAAUUGGAGGAGUCAUCUUCCGAAAGUUUGAGUGUGUAGACAGUGCCAACACCUCCUCAACCGCCAUUCCCAAUGCAACCUUGACCACCCCUCCUGUUGGCAGCUCCUCAACACCCAUCUCCAAUGAGCCCACCACCCCAGAUAUGGGGUCCAAAGUCUCUUUCACCCCUGCAGCCUUUGCCAGCCUCCUUCUGCUGAGGCUGCUACUCUGA